AUGAUACCCACUGAAUGGGUGAAAGGCAAAGCUAUGGAGGAAGUCUUGACCAUCAAGAACACUCAGAUUGCGAAGCAUCUUUCUCUCCCACCAGUGAAGCUCCAUUGCAGUAUGUUGGCGGAGGACGCCAUCAAGGCAGCUGUGAAAGACUACAAGGAGAAGCGUGCGAAAACAAACGGCGCUGCAGCAGCUGGAGAAACCGCAUAG